UACAACAAACCAAACCAUGGAUAUUUUUCGGCGACGUAUUAAGCACGUCCUUCAGGAAAUUAUCGCUUGCCGAAUGGGGUGACUGAAUCUACAAAAUGUAUCCAGAUGCAAGUAGGUUAACGUUGAAAACUUCUUGUUGAAUAAAUCCUCUACUGAUAGAAGUUUCGUACACAGCAACACAUCAAGUGACCAAUGUUAUGUAAAAUAACUUUUUCGAAACGCACAGUAAAAAAGAUUAUUCAAUACUGCCACAAAUGAUCAACACUUAUGUACCCAUCGUUAAAGUUUUACUGGAGGGUUUCCGUCGAAAGCCAAUAUGAUGAAGAUUGAGAUAGAUUAUACGUACGUCGGGUUUGAUCAAUUUCACAAACCCACCCUACUGAUAAGAGAUCCGGAAUUAUUAAAGCAAAUCACGGUUAAGGACUUCGACUCGUUUAUGGACCACUCUCCAUUGUUUUCAGAUCAAUCUGAUCCGCUUUGGUUCAGAAACCUAAUUGCCUUGAGAGGUAAAAAUUGGAAACACAUGAGGGAUAUCCUUUCCGCUUCGUUUACCAGCAGUAAAAUGAAGUACAUGUUCAGUUUGAUCUUGGAGGCAGUCGAUGAUUUUACCGAUUAUUUCGUCGGAAAGAACAAGGAGUUUAUAGAAGUGGAAUUGAAGGAUGUGUUCACGAGGAGCAAAACACAUGAGAUGGAGAUUACUAGUUUUCAAUUUAAAACACGGCUUUGGAGGUUGGAACAAAUUCUUAUUUCGUAUGGAAUCUGCGUUUUGGUGGUGGGAACAAAAUCAAAUUUUGAAAUAAGCCUAAACAGGAUGGCUUUCACUUCCAAAAUGGCGAAUCUAGAUCCUACACAAGCUCGGGGUCCUACGCCGAAAGGAAAGUAGGUGUAGGGAACUAUAUUGUUCUUGUUUUCCUCUGAAAAUCUCUCCGGAUCGAAUUUUUCCGGGUUCGCGAAGUAUUUUGGAUCUCUUUGAAUGCUUUAGGAAGGCAUAAGGACGGAAUCGCCGGGG